AUGCCCUUGGCGGACAUCGAGAAAAUCACGGCCUGGGGCCUGGUGGGCGCUGUCAAGGAUCUGCGAAUCACUCUCGAAGUGAGGGGCCAGAAGAAGCCCAUAGAGUUCCAGGUGGACAGCGCCAAGGAGUUUGCACAGUGGGGCCGAUCGUUGGAGAAGCUGCUCGCGCAACGAUUGGGGGCAAACUUCGUGUCCGUCAGAGAAGGCCCCGGUGCUGGGGAGCCCUCAGAUCCUGCCAGUGGCCAUGCCAGUGCCAGUGCCAGCGGUGGAACUACACCACGGGAUGCGCCGAGGGUCCUAUGCGAAGGCGACCUCCUCGUGCUCAAGAAAAACAGAGAAGAUCCGAGGUAUUGCGUCUUGCGCACAGAUUGCUUCGAGUACUUCAGCAGCAAGGAGGAUUAUCAAGCAGGUGUUGCCGCACGGGCGCGUGCCCUCAUUGAGGACAUCACUUCAUUUGAGGUGUUGGAAGGUGGCGUCAUGGAAGUGGAGCUGGGUGACAAGAAGCUGGCAUUCAAAGCCACGAGUCCUGAGGAUCUCCAGCGCUGGCAGACGGCCUGGGAGACCGAUCCGGAUGAGCUGCUUGCAGCUGAGGCCCAGAAGCAAGGGGGUGCCCAUCUUGACUCCUGGCUUGCGAAGAAAUACCAGGUCCCUGGCAGUUCCAAAAGCACGGGUGGUGACUUCGGGCAGGCGGGUUGA